AUGUUGAGCUCCUUUAAGAGCCUAUCAUGGAUGGACCGGUCGGUCAGUAACUGUUUCUUCUUUUUUCUUGUGGCUUCUUCAGAGUUCGGUGUUUCUUCAAAAAAAACCCCCAGCCAGACACCACCCCACCCCCCCUUCUGGCUCACCACCAUUCUGCACGUCUGCGUUCCCGGGUGUCGAAAAAGUCUUGGUGAAGCUUGGAAGCGGCCCGCGAGAUGCGAGGGGGCUUGCUUCGGAGGGGGGAUGCGCGCUGAGAUAGAGUGCUGACACGACUGAUGCUUACCCCAGAAUCAUCAUCAGCCUUCCACUCAAUCACCUACGAAACAGAGGGCCGAUUCUUCACCAACAGGAUUACAGGCCUUGAUAGGCGAUGGCCCGCCCAGGCCGGAUGGUAGCGACAAGUACUUUGGGAUGGAGAAUGUGGUUGGCGUAUGUCCUAACUUUUUAUUAUUAUUGUACUUCGUGAGAAUCACUGGCUAACGUUGGACUCGAUUUUCACGCGCCCUAGUUUGGAAAUACUUGGUAGGCUAACUCUUGAGCCUUGGAAACUGUUUUUUCCUUGCUACGUCUGACUAUUUGAAUCCUGGUGGCUGACUUUCCGCCGCAGCUACUGUAAUUCAAUCCUACAGUGCUUGUACUAUUCAAAACCUUUCCGAGAAAACGUCGUCAACUUUCCCCACAGAUCGAAUCUACCAAGUUCGAGCAAUAGCGAUGCUACUCUGCUGCCUGGAUCGGAUAGCCGGAAUCUCGCCCGAGUUAGCACGGAUCCCCUGCCGGGGUCGUCCGGUCCCCCGGGCCCGGUCGCGCGAAAGCCAUCCUUAACCCCCGCGAUCAAGGAGGAGACCAAAAAACCAAGGAUACCGGUGUCGGCUUCCCUAACACAAGGUCCAACUUUCGGUCCCAAUGAGAACAAGGACACCCCUGAGGUGAAGAAGAAGCUUGCAUUAGCGACGGGGCCCGUGUUGAAUGUCGAUCAGGGAAAUCAUGCAAACUACGGGAUGGAGGAGUCGCUGUUCUCGGCAUUGAAGGAUAUCUUUGAAAGCAUCGUGGCACACAAUUCGCGCACGGGUGUUGUCAGUCCGAAUAGGUUCCUAGAUAUCCUAAGGAGUGAGAACGACAUGUUCAGUGGGCAGCAGCACCAGGAUGCCCAUGAAUUCCUGAAUUACCUCCUCAAUCAGGUGAUAGAGAAUGUGGAGGAUUAUCAAAAGAAGCAUGGUCACAGGAACGGCAAUGCCGCGACCAAUUCAACCCCUGCCAAGUCAUCCGGUACACUAACACCUGUAAACGCCUCGUCGGCAGCCUCCACCGCGUCCCUUACCUCCACAUCUUCCACUGGUUGGAUCCACGAGCUAUUCGAAGGCCUGCUAACCUCGGAGACCAAGUGCCUCACUUGUGAGAAUGUUUCACGCCGAGACGAGCAGUUCCUCGAUUUGUCGAUCGAUCUAGAGAAGAAUUCGUCUGUGACAUCAUGUUUACGAAAUUUCUCCGCCUCGGAAAUGCUAUGCGAACGUAACAAAUUCCAUUGCGACAGCUGUGGGGGGCUGCAAGAAGCGGAAAAACGGAUGAAAAUAAAACGGCUGCCGAGGGUCCUUGCCCUGCAUCUGAAGCGCUUCAAGUUUAUGGAGAACCUGGGGCGAUUCGACAAGCUUCACUACCGAGUCCUUUACCCAUACCACCUGAGGCUAUUCAAUACGACGGACGACGCUGAAGACGCGGAUAAGCUGUACGAGUUGUACGCUGUUGUUGUGCAUAUCGGUGGUGGGCCCUAUCAUGGGCACUACGUUGCCAUUGUCAAGACCGAGGACAAGGGCUGGCUGCUGUUUGAUGAUGAAUUGGUUGAACCGGUGGACAAGGCGUUCGUAAGGAACUUUUUUGGGGAGCGGCCAGGAAUGGCAUGCGCCUACGUUUUGUUCUACCAGGAGACCACAUUCGAGGCUGUGCAGCGAGAGAUGUGGGUGGACGAGCAGGCGGCAGGGGCGGCCACCAGAGCAUCAGCAGAGGCGGCGAAAACAGAAUCCGCGAAAUCUAAAGGACACGCGAACGGAAUCAACGGGCAUAGUGUAAGAACGUCAAUGACGGAGCACCUACCAAACCUGCACCCUUCCAGCUCUUCUCCAUUGCCAAAAUCCGAAACGCCAGCCGGUACCAGCGACCAGCAGCCGGCCGAAGCCACUGCGAAACAGCCUUUCCCACCCGUCCCAAGCGCCGUCAGGUCGAAGAAAGAGAAGAAGGGGGAGAGGAGCGAUAAGAAGGACAAGACAGAGGGCUCUCACGGAGGCAUGAACAGGUUCAGGAACACUAGUCGCAGUCUCCGCCAGGCUCCCAAGUGGCUAGGAGGUAGAGAUAAGGAGCGCAAUAGCACGCACGAGGAGAACGGAGCGAUUCCAGAUCUACCACCGCUUCCCGUCACACCCGGGCUUCCGCUGUGCGACAAGAAGGAGACUCCGAACGGGGUCGGCCAUGAGAAGAAUACGGAUGACGAGAGGGAUGGGGACGAUUUCCUACCCAAUGCCGAAGUACCGCCAGUUGUCGGGUCACCGGGGGCAGCUGUUCCGGUGGUCGUAUCGUCAGGGGUGGGGGUGGAGGAAUCACCGGUGGAGCCAAAGGAGGAGGUAGCGGUCCCCCAGGAGGCGGAGGGGGAGAAGGAGAACAGCAAGAAGAAAGACAAGAAGGAGAAGAAGGAGAGAAAGGAGAAGGAGAAGGAGAAGAAGACUCGCCACAGGUCUAGUUUCUUUGGCCUCCGAAAGAAAGCUUCGGUCGCAUUUCAUUCAGAGUCCUAA